GUGCCGGCGCAGUGGCCGGGCCAUCGUGUCCUGUGGCCAGGUUUUCGUGCUCUUCUCUUUCCACUUCUGAUCCUAUUGAUAGUCACACACGUUCCUUGAAGUAAGCAUCCUUCUCGAAAGCUUGUCGCGAGUCUCUUUCGCGAGCCUCCUUCUGCCCGUUUCUUCUUCUCCUCUUCUUUUCUUUCUUCGUCCUAUCCUCUCCUGUCCUUUCCUCUUUGUCUUCCUCUUUCUAUUUUCACCCUUAUUCCUAUUCCUUUUCUUUCCGAAAUUUCCCUCGGUUUUUCUCCACCCUGUCUAAACUCCUUCCCUUUCCUUUCUUCUCUCUUUUAAAAUUCUUUUUCCCUUCUCUUCCUUUCUUCCUUAAUUUCUUUUAAUCUCUUCCCGUUCUAAUCAACGUUUAUGCGAUACGCACGCAUACGUACAGGACAUUCGCAAGGACACACACACGUAUAUCGACCCAGUGCGAUGCCGGACGUGGUCGGUGGUCGUCGCGACGCGAUGUGAACUUCGGUGAAAUAGAGAGAGAGAGAGAGAGAGAGAGGGAGGAAAAAGAGAGAGAGAGAGAGAGAGAGAGAAAGAGAAAGAGAGGGAGGACGGAUUCUUUUCCUCUUUGUCGAACAUAAUCUGGUGUGAUUCUGGAAUUUUCUUGUUUGUUCAUUGUGUUCUUCAACGAAUUCUUCGAGAGAACGAGGAGCUAGAGAGACUCAAAUAGUUAGAUAGAUAGAUAGAUAGAUACAUCAAUCGAGAUAUUAGAAUAUCGAAUAGGUGUUUGUUGAUAAAGGAUAAUAACUCGUGAAACAGAGUGAAAGAAACAGCGUUUCUUUCUGCCGGGCAACAGCAGCCGGGAGCAUCAGGGUGAAGAGGUGGGAGCCAUGCCGCCCGGGCGAACUUCCCUCGAGGCAGCCAGCAGGAUCGUCGAGCUACCGCCUUCCUGUCCUUCGAGACUACCAGCUGUGGUUUCUGAUCGCCUCCAUUGAGGAAUCGAUUGGAGAACAUCGAUGGGCUGAGAUCUCCUUGUUGACACAAUCGGUGAGAAGCUGUGGAUUGUCGUGGUAGACUCUCGGCCCCAGGAGUGGCCCGGGGGUGGUUACCCUGGGGACCUCGUCGGGGAAGAGAUUGGACUGGAAGGAGGAAGUGGCUGAGGAAGCAAAAAAAGAAGAAGGAGAAGAAGAAAACGAGGAGUGGAGGAGGAGAGCGCUAUGAACGCCAGCGUCAACAUCGAGAGGAACUCCUGGCGGCUGCCUCCCGACGAGACCGUCCAGGUCGCUGAUCCCCGAUCGAAGUCAGCUCAGGUAAAAGAGGAUCUGACAUACGCCGAGGGCGGUCACAAUUGGCGAAGCAUAGUAUUCUCCCUUCUGGUCAUCGGCUUCGUUAUCGCCGGGAUCGUCACGGCUAUUUACCUCCUUGGGUACGUUGACGAGCUACUCUAUUGGAGCGGCAGACGUCUUACACUGGACGAGUGCCUUCGAGAUGACCUGACACCGCAUAGGUUACCACCAACUUGGGUAUCCCAUGACAAAUUCGUAUACCAAGCGGAUGACGGUUCCCUCACUCUCCUGGACACCAGCAACAACACCGUGUCACUUUUGGUCUCUAAUCACACACUCAGGCAGUUGAACGUCCAAGGUUACCAAUGCAGCGCAGAUUUGCGUUACGUAUUGUUCAAGCACAAUGUCAAGCCGGUAUUCAAAAACACUUUCACCGCACAUUACACAGUCUACGACGUCACGAACGAUCAUCACACACCCCUUCGUCUCCACGCCUCGAGUAAGGUGCAACAAACGAGACUUCAACACGCAACGUGGUUGGGCAACACGACCGGUCUCGUGAUGAUCUCGGAGAACGAUAUUUAUCUUAGGAUAGCUCCGUCAGCGAUGGAAGACACACAACUGACGGAUACCGGUGUUCCUGGUAUUAUAUAUAACGGUGUACCUGAUUGGUUAUAUCAGGAAGAAGUAUUGCCUAGACCGGAAGCCACGUGGCCGAGUCCCGAUGGCACGCAUAUCCUCUUUGCUUCGUUCAACGACACCAAAGUUACAGCCUUGGAAUUCCCUUGGUUCGGUACUCAGUCAGGUCAAGAAGGUUCCGCAUCAACCCCACUCGGAGCACCUCGACGUGGCUCUUUUCCACCCUCCAGAUCCGUCAGAUAUCCAACCCCUGGUUCAGCCAAUCCGGAAGUCGAUUUGUGGUUGUUAGAAGUGAACAAUACAAAUAACUGGAUUAAUGGAAAUGGAACGAGUAGUCCGUCGGGUAGUACGAAGACGAAACUUAAGCCACCACCUGUCUUGGACGGACAAGAAUACUAUCUGAUAUCAGCUGGAUGGGUUGGUGGAGACGCUUCUCAAAUUGCAGUCGUGUGGAUGACCAGGUCUCAGAAUUUGUCACUAGUUUCGGCAUGUCGUGCGCCUCUUUGGGAGUGCGAGGAAACCCAUUCAGAGAGGGCACCCGAGGGUCAAUGGUUGGACGCGCAACCGCAUCCAAUUUUCGCUCCUGACGGUGAUAGUUUCCUGCUGCUUGCGGCUGUCCAGGAGGGUGACAAGGAGCAUUUCACGCACAUAAAGCACGUUACGUUAACGCAACAGAGGAUAGCCGUAUUAUCGCACGGUCGUUACGAGGUGAGCGAGAUCCUAGCGUGGGACACCAAAGCUCACCUGGUGUACUAUCUGGGUACCAGAGAACGGAGACCUGGACAGAAGCAUCUCUACGUGGUACGUGAUCCGAUCGCCGACGAUCCUCGUCGUUUGGAACCUUUGUGCGUUACUUGCGACCUUGGCGAAGUCCUUUGGAGUAGUAGAUUUUAUUACACAAAUUGCACUCACUUCGGUGCCUCCGUAAGUCCUGCGAUGACCGACGACACACAGGGCUACUAUGUCCUCUAUUGCGAAGGUCCCGGCUUGCCAUUGGCCGGUGUGCACAUGAUGUCAUCCCACAAGAUGAUCCGUGUCCUCUACGAUACGCGUAUUCAACGUGCCGAUAAACUCUCGCAGCUGGCGUUACCGACGAGAAGGAGCUUCGAGGUGCCGUUGCCUCAAGGUUGGAAGGCGCAGGUGCAGUUGCUCCUGCCGCCUUCCUGGCGAGAGGAACUAAGAGACGCAGCGUUUCCAGUUUUGGUGGAGGUCAAUGGUCGGCCAGGAAGCGAGGCAGUAACAGAUAAAUUUAGAAUAGACUGGGGUACUUACAUGUCGAGUCACAACGACGUCGUUUACGUGAGACUCGAUGUUCGUGGAGCGAGAGGACAAGGAAAAAGAGAUCUUUUCCGGAAGAUCGGAGGCGUCGAAGUUCAGGACCAGCUGACUGUCCUUAGGCAUCUUUUAAAGACACACAAAUACUUGGACGUCACCAGAGUUGGCGUCUGGGGCUGGGGUUACGGUGGUUACGUUACUGCCAUGGUACUAGGAAGUCAAGAGAACGUCUUCAAGUGCGGUGUCGCCGUCAAUCCGAUAGCCGAUUGGCUCUUUUAUAACUCUGCUUUUACGGAGCGAGUCCUCGGUGCACCAGCUGAGAACUAUAAGGGUUACGUAGAGGCUGAUUUGACUCAAAGAGCGAGAUUAGUGCCGAGUCAUAGUCUUUAUCUUCUUCAUGGUCUAGCAGACCUAACAGCGCCUUAUACGCAUGGCGUUGCCUUUGCCAAGGCUUUGUCUGAAGCGGGAGUCAUCUUUAGGUACCAGAGCUACGCGGACGAAGAUCAUGCCUUAGCAGGUGUGCUCGAACACGCUUAUCGUUCUAUGGAGGACUUUCUCGCCGAGUGCCUCGCCUUGGAUGCCUCCUAGUGCCUCAAGCCGAAUACUCCCUUGUUGUCGAUAGUGCGCCUACUUCUAAUAAAUCCCAGGAUGAACAUUUAAAAGCGAUCUAGUCCGCGAAUAGAUCGAGCUGAAAGCUUGGAAAGCUCUCGAAUAUACAGCGGUCGAUCGCACGAGAAGAAGAGAAAUAGGGAAGAGAAAGUCUUUUCUUCGGAGUUUUCGAAAAAUGAAAAAGAGAGAGAGAGAGAGAGAGAGGGAGAGGGAAAGAGAAAGUAUGAGAUUAUAGAUGCGUGUGCGAGAAAGAUAGGCGAACGUUGAGAGUAUCCGUGUUAAUAGUGUAUUCACAAAUAAGUCGUUUACAGAGAUAGAAAUAAAUAGUUCUAGCGAUAGCGAAUAAAAGAUGGGACUGAGAGCUUAGAAAAAUGGAUUACGCGAUCGUAUAUGUCGAUGUCGAUCUUCUAUCGGAUCUGAAAGAUUUCUCUCCUCGCGGUAUGAUCCACGGAAAUCGAGAAAAAAAAAAAGAAAAAAAUACGAAAGGUCGGAAGUCGAUGUGUUAACGUUAUUACGACAUUAGUGAUAAUGAUUUUCUUAGUCAUUUGAUAUUCCAUAUAUUUUUAUAGUCGAUUAAAUCGCUGCAAGUAUUCCGUUAUCGUAGACGUUGUCUGUGAUACGACGUUACGCAUGUGGUAAAGAACGAAAUAAUAUACAUAUGUGUAUGUGUAUGUAGAUACGUUACGUACAAGAAACGACGUUGGAACCUGUUUGACAUUUUAUAACAUAUCCGAAUUAUUUCUCGUGAUCUUUCUCUUUAAGACGCUCUUGCUACAUGCAUAUCCCCGUGUUAUUCUAUAUACUUACGUACUUCUUUUCUAGCGACGCAAACAUUAUUACUUUUCACCGACGAUAAUCCAUUUUUCUUGGUCGACGCGAGAAAGUAACGAGAUAAAGGUGCAAUCAAAAAAUAUGUUGCACCUAUACGAGCAAUAUCGUUAAAUAAUGUUAUUAAAUCACUUGCCUGCAUCAGCCUACGAAAUUCCUCUUUGCUACGAAACGAACUUAAGAAAAAAAUAAAAAAUAAAUGAAUAUACUUCAAUAUUACGUCGCCCAGUUAUUCCUUCUGGAAGGGUGCAAGCAUCGUUGAUUGAAAAGAACGGGAAUAUACUGAAAGGGAAGAAAUGUUGAAUUACGUCGGGCAUUAUAUCAGGAUGCGCCCAAAAUUUUAUCGACGUAAGCGAAAAAGUUUGAGAAACUCGAGCAAGACGAAAAGAAAUAAUUUCAAAACGGAAGAACGUUUUAUUGGUCGAAAAUAAUCAGCGCAAAAAAUAAGAGAGUGAGAGAUAGAGAUAGAUAGAGAGAUAUAAAAGAAAAGAUUUACUCGAUAUGAAGAAGAAGUAAAAGAAAAUAAACAAAACAAAAAAAAGACAAAAAAACGUAGAAUCGGAAAGAAAAAGAGAGCUUAUCAAAGAUUUUUACAAAAAAAAAAAAAUAAAGAAAAAAACGUUUUAGUCUUUCCUUCCUUUCUUUCCUCUUUUUUCCUGAUUAUGCGUUACUGGUGCCUUCUAGAAUCGAGAUUGAGCGUGAGAAAGUCAUUAUUAAAGUUAUUCGGUGACGUUCAUCUGAAGGCAUUAAUACAUUAAUAAUUCGAAAAUUUCAUAAGAAAAGAUAAAGAACGAAAAGAGAAAAAAUAAUAUGAUCAAAGGUUUCCCUUGAGUUCUCUAUCAAGCACAGCUUUCGCGCGUCUACUGUGUGUGUGUGUGUGUGUGUGUGUGCGUACGUGCGAGUGAAUGUGUGUAUGUGUACGUGAGUGCAGUGUGCGUUUCAAAGUCGCGUUACGAAAAAAAUCCCCUAGAAAAAGAAUCUACUCCCUCUUCAAGGUUGUUUAUCCUUAAAUAUUUAUACAUACUGCUAUCACUAUUACUAUUAAUUAUUACACGCUGUUUAUAAACAUUAACACACGCAUUUACACACACGCGUCGCUGAAGAAAAUUUUCUCCUCCCUUGUUACGUGUGACUCUAUCUCUCGCGCUCGAGAAAUGUUUUCCAACCGCGAUUCGGCGCGUCUAAUAAACAUUAUUAAUAAUAAACAAACGAACGGAAGAGUUACGUAAUUUAAUUAAAUCAUCGAUUUCGUCGGUCAACAGUCGAAAUUGGAAACUCGUACAUACUAUUUCGAGCGUGUUCCUCGUCGAAUGGCAACGGCAUCAAUGAAGCGACAUCAUCGACUUGAAAGAUGUGUUCGAUAAAACGAAAAAAGGAACGACAAGAAAAAAGAAUGAUACAGCGCAUUCAUGUAUCAUCGGGGAUGAAACGAAUCGAAGAAAAGAAAUCUCAAACGUGAGCUUAAUUUUACAUGAUAUUCAUAAAAAAUAAAUAAAAUAAAUAAUUCUCUCCCUAAAACGGAUCGUGGCAUCGCCGUUCUCGAUAUCUUUCGAUUUGUACAUUUUCGAAGUUAUAUAUCUUACACUCCCCUGUAUCAUGCGUGUUUCGACAAAGUAAGGAGGAAGGAGAUAAAUAAAAAAAAAAUGAAUGAUAAAAAAAAGGAGAAGAUAGAUAGACGAUGGUAAAGAAGAAGAACGAAAAGGAAGGUUAAGAAAGAAAGAAGACAAAAGGAAAUUGUCUGUCUUUGCAUUAGUGUGCGUUCACGAAGAGGUAAAUAAAUAAAUAAAUAAAUAAAUAAAUAAAUAAAUAAAUAAAUAAAUAAAUGAAUAAAUAAUCGUCUUCGUUUACAAGUCUGAAAGAGAAAUAAUUCUAUGUGUUAAUGAAGACAAAUUAAUAAUUGUGCGAUAGAGAGAAAAAGAGAGAGAAAGAGAGUGAGAGUGAGAGUGAGAAUGAAAAUGUGUGUGCUUGUGUGCGUGAAAGAGAUAGAGAGAGGGAGAAGAUAAAUGCGCUCGAACGAAGAGAGUCGCACGUGUCGCCAUACACGCUGUCUGCCAGAGCAGCCCUUAAAUGCCGACAAUCAAGGCUAGUGCAACUAAUCAAACGAUAAUAAAUAGAAAGGAAAGAAAAAAAAAACUACCUAAUAAUGUUAAUGAAUAUUAGAAAAAAAAGAAAAAAGACAAAAAAAAAGAAAAAGAAAAAGCGAAUGAUCAUUGUCGAUCGUAUAUGUUUAGAUGUGUAAUAUGAGAUGUGUAUGUGCAUGUACAUACCAAGUGUAUGUGUACGUCAAUUAAUACGAGAUAGGCCUCGAAAUGAGGUGCUGAAGUUCAGGCGUCGCGUGUUUGAAUCUUUAGAAAAUAAAGUUUGAAAUAACGAAGAAGGUGGAUACGAUUGAUCGAAGGAAGGCAUGUUUAUUGAAACAACAAUAAAAGAAAACAUAUAAAAAUACUCGAUGAUAGCGGCAUUAAGAGUACAAAGGACCGUACGCUUGGACGAUUUUGUGUUCGGGAUAUUAUUAUUAAUAGUGAUUUAUUGCAAAAUGUAAUUAAUCGUCAGUCAAGGCCUUACUGAUGUAUACCUUCGUGCUUCGUCGCGUUUAGCUCGAAUUCGAUGAAUUCUCAAUAACUCGAAAUACAUACUCUGAAUCGAUUUGAGAUCCCUCUUAGCGAAACCCUUAGUGAAUUUUCCGAAAAGAAAUUUGUAAACUUCUGUGACGUCGUUUUAUAAGCCGAAUAAGUCAAAAGUUAUCGAGAAAAUUGGAAAUUCUAUGUGGUGAUCUUGAAAAAAAAAAGAGAAGUCGACAAAUUCGUUUUUACGAAAUCCCUCGUCUCAGCUAGAGUUUUUUCGAGGAAGAGAGAGAGAGAGAGAGAAAGAGACGAGAGAGGUCGCUUGAGCAUUAAUUCUUUAAUUAACGUGCACAGACGACAACAUUAUAACCCGAAGAAGAUAAAGUAUAGAAGAAAACAGAAAAGAAGAAAAAUAAGAGAAAACAAAAAGUUUCCGCCUUUUUCGCUAGAGAAACUUGAAAGUCAUGAAUGAUCGAUGUGUGAAUCUUCUGAUUCCAGGAGAGAGAGAGAGAGAGAGAGAGAGAGAGAGAGAGAGAGAGAGAGAGAGAGAGAGAGAGAGAAUGUUAAAAUCACAAUCAAUUAUUAAGUAUAGUAAAUUUAAUGCGAAAAAUGACAGAGGUUAGUAGGGUGGGGGGGAUGGGGGAGACGGCGAAUUAAACAUAAGCAUAUAGGUAUCGAAUUAAUUAACACACGAUCGCGAAGGAGGAUGGCCGCAGGCACGCAAAAAAAAAGACAAAAAAAGUAUGCGAAAUAUGAAGUUAUUCGCCAAAAAAAAAGAAAAUAAAAAUAAAAAUGAAAACCUUGGUAGCUGCGCAUAAGGAUAUCUAUAGCUUUUGGUAACGUAUUAUAUCGCCGCUAGGCUAUAAAGACAAAAAAAAUUAUACACACGCACAUACAUGAGAAGAUACAGUGAUAAUGAAGAACUUAUGUUCAUUUACAUGUACACGAAAAAAAAUAAUACACACAUACACCCGCAGUAAUACCAGGAGAAAUAUAAUUUAAUGCGGAACCCGACGCAAGAAUCGGGCCCGUGCGAAGAAUCGAAUAAUAAAAUCAAUACGAGUAAUAAAUUAGAGCGAUAUGUUUGAAAAACGUAAUCGAUCUCGAUUAUCCGAAACGCGAUCUUUCGAUUCUUGAAUUUCCUUUACAAAGACGUAUUAUAUUAAUCAAAAUCCUUAAUUGCGAUCUAAAUCUCAAGUAAUCGAAUAAUUUUAUUUGAUAAACAGAAGAAUUUCAAGAAUUAGUUGAUUUCUAAUAUGACGUUCAAAAGUAAUUAUUUUAUUUAUAGCUGCUAUAUAUUUUUUAUUUAUUUGCUCGUAUAAGACACAUCUAAAUUAAUUUCUAAGUUUGCAGAAUUGUCUGUUCUAUAUUAUCCUUACUCUUUUUUUCUCUCUUUAAAUUUCUUCUAGUUUCUAAAUGAAAGAUAUUGUUUAUUUUACAUUAUAUUUACUCUCUCCCUCUCUCCUUUUCUUUUUUAUCGACUUACUCGACAUUCGCUAUUCGUUUCAGAUAAUCGAGGCGUCAUCCAGAUAAUAUAUUCGCAAAAUUUUUACAUCAGAACGUCCGAAAAUCGAUCGAGUAUAAAAAAAAAAAAACAAAGAAAAAACAGAAACGUUUUAAAAGUCGCCUAUUCGAACGCGAUGUAGAGUCGAAAAGCGACGAGAACGCUGCUCCAAAAAAAAAAAAAAUAAAAGAUUAUCGACUGUAUAAAUCGAAUCAAUGAAGAAGAGUAGGAAAGAAAAGUUGUUUUUAUAUACUAAUUAUUAUAUUCGCUCGAAGAGAAAAGAAAUGAAGAUGAGGUUGAGUCGAAUGGGACUAGGGUCCUUAUUGUUCAACAUAAGCUUCUCUCGAGACACACGGACGAUUGCUUCAUCAUCCUAUCUAAUAAAUAAUUAAAUAAAUAAAUGAAUAAAUAAAUAAAUGAAUAAAUAAAUAAUUAAAUAAUAAUAAUAAUAAUAAUAAUAAUAAUAAUAAUAAUAAUAAUAAUAAAAAUAAUAAUAAUAAUAAUAUCGAUAAUGAAGAAAAACAAAAAAGGAGUAACAAAUAUCGCCUCCGAGCGCGAAACGAGACGCGCUGAUUGUUUCGACUCGACUUUUUGCGAUAUUCGCACGGACCUGUAGACGAGGAAUAUCCGUGAAAUCGGCCAAUCGGAACACGCAGAAUCUGUGUGUGCACGUCAAUGGACGCUUCGUGAUUCUCGUGUGUAAUUCUUUUUCUUUUUCUUUUCGAUUUUCUUCUUCUUUUUUUAUAUAUAUGUAUAUAAAUGUAUUGUAUGUACUCGAGAUAUUUAUUACUAACGAUAAACGUUUCUUAACGCAAAGAUUCGGGAAAUUAUUUCUUCGGCGAUCGUUUAUUAUUUACUGUUCGAACGUGCCUAUCAAUUUUGAAUCGUGUUAACACGUACAUACGAGAAUCAAUAAAGGAAACGCUGGUUUCACGAAUAUCGUCCAAGUUACCUUCCAUGUAACAUCCAUGAGAUAAUCAUGUUAUUAAGACUCUGCGUUUUUUAAUAUCAGCGAGGAUCGCUCCGGACAUCGGGCGGACAAAAGUGUUUUCAAUAAACUGUUACAUUACCUGAUA